ACAAUAAUAAUAAUAAUAAUAAUAAUAUCUGAAAAUUAGCAUUUUGCAAUCCAAUUAGGUUUUGAUUUUCAAUUUUGCGUCAAUCGGCUUACAAAAACCCUUUACCCGAAAUCUCAUUUUCUCUUCUUUCCCCCAAAACACAAAAUCACACACAGAAAACCUUCAGCCCCUCUCCUCCUCCCCUCAUUCUCGCUUGCUCGAGCAGACACAGCUCUUCUUUCUGCAUAAUACUCCUUAUUGCAUUAUCAUUUUGGCGUAUAUUCUGGUUUAUCGACCCGGGUUGCUACAUAUAUACAGAGGAGGGCGUUGGGGUUAUUGCAGGAAAAAAAGAUGAGCAGUGGAGUUAAGGGAGUUGGGAGUAGGGUUUCGAUUCCAAACGGUGUCAAGAAGAUGAUCAAUAAUAUAAAGGAAAUUACUGGGCAGAAUCACAGUGAAGAUGAGAUUUAUGCAAUGCUCAAGGAGUGCAACAUGGAUCCCAACGAAACUACCCAGAAGCUUUUACUUCUCGAUACAUUCCAUGAAGUCAAAAGAAAACGUGAUAGGAGAAAAGAGGUCUUGACUGGUUCGAAUUCUGCCUAUACUUCUCAGAAUAUGUCUAAGGAGCCUGCAGAGUCGAAGUGGAAGCCGGGCCCGCAGGCUCGGGCAAAUAGGGGUCGUGGGAACCAUCCAUCACGAUAUGUGCCUCAAGAUGCUGGUGUUGGGAGAAAUGUGGCUGUUGUAAAGGAAAAUGCUGCCAGUCACCUCACUGAUAAGGGUACCGGCAAGGUCCCCUUCGCUACUUCACAAGACUUGAGAAAGAAUGAAACUUCUUCCUUCGCAAGCCCUGCUACUGUUGCAUCCAAUGGACCAUCUAGUAUUACCUCCCAGAGUACCAAUGUUAUAGACGAGAAUCAUGGUGAGGGUACAAUCACUAUUGGUUCCGUUAAGAACACCAUUGCUCUGGGGGGGAAGAAUAUAAAACAGCACCAAAUUCUGGAUUCGAGCAACAGCUCAGCAUCUGGUCCUCCACCACCUGCUGCAGGAUCUUAUUUGUCUUCUUCAGAUAUUGUACCAUUGUCUUCUUCUCAAGAAUUAAAACUCCAUAAUGCAGUGAACACUAUCCAACCUGAAUUGGGAACUCAGGAUUUCCCCACUGAACAGCUUGAUGAUAAUCUUACCGAGAGCAAAGCAGCUUCUGCGGAAAUAUCUGCUUUUGAGGUUGGGACUAUCUCUUUGGAGCAAAAAGUGCCAAAUGAAAUCCAGGGAGUCAAGAAGAAUCAGCAUUCGGGGUCCAUGCAGACUUCAUCCUCUGCUGUUAGUAGGCCUUCAUCUAAUUACAACAAUAGGUCUCAAGUGAUUGGCCCGCAAAAAGUGGGUCCUGGCAAGGAGUGGAAACCUAAAUCCACAAUUCCCCAUAUUGGUCAAGGUGGCACUACUACGAGUUCAUCGGAGGUUCUUGUGGUAUCUGGUGGAAGUCAUUCUGAACCACAGACAACUCCCAUCCUCACUUCAAAAGAAACCACUUUGGAGCUGCAGAGGAAGUUGGAAGAAACCCAUAUUUCAGAUAGUCAGCAUGUGAUUAUUCCCGAUCACCUGCAUGUCCCCGAAGUUGAAAAACUUGGAUUUUGUUUCGGGAGUUUCGAUGCUAGUUUUGGAUUGGACAUGAACCAAACUGGUAUUCCUGGUAGUGAGAAGCCUCCACUAAUGUCAGAUUCCUCUGAUCCCAUUGAUGGACCAGAGAAGGAGCUACAGUUAAGCAACCAAGAUGCAUCAGUAGCUGCAGAGGAUACUGAUGUAAAAGAUACUGACGUAAAGUAUCCUGACCAUCCCCAAUCACCUUCACAAGGACCAGAAAACAUCCCAACAAGUGAGGUUGAAGUAUCGUCGUCCAUUAACCCUGAUUAUAGUGAAUCCAAGCCGGAGGUUGCUCCAGGAAUUUAUCAACAUCCUGUGGUUCAUACUUCAAACUAUAGUUUUGGUUUUAUGCCACCAACAUUGGGCGGCCAGCUUGCACCUUCAGAAAUUUCAGAAUCUCAAGCACGGGAUGCUUCUCGGAUGCCAGGCUUUGUGAUUUUUCCUUGCAUUAUCCCAUACAAUGUGCCUCAAUCUUUUGAUCCAGCAAGUUAUUAUGCCCAAUUUUAUCGUCCUGGCUUGGAUAGUGAUGGCCGCAUUUCCCCUUUCCAGCCUGCAAACAAGUACACGGGGAAUGCUGCUUUGGUCUCUGCACAGACUUCUCAGACUCCUCAAGAGGCUAGUGUCCCUCUAGUUCUGUCUACAGCAUCUCAAACACCUCUUGUUACCCAAGCUGCUGGGAUCAUGCAGAGCACUAUGACUGCAACCCAGCAACCCCUUCCAGUUUUUCGCCAUCCGACUGGAGUUCAUCUGCCCCACUAUCCUCCUAACUACAUGCCAUAUGGGCCCUAUUUUUCCCCAUUCUAUGUUCCGCCACCUGCCAUUCAUCAAUUUAUGAGUAACGGUGCAUUCCCUCAGCAGCCUCAGGCUACCGGCGGUUUGUAUCAGUCAGCACCCGGGACAAAUGCCAAAUCUUCUGUUUCUCAAUAUAAGCAAGGAUCAAACACGGGUAGCUCGGUUCAAAUUGGAGUGCCUGGCAAUUACGGGCCGUAUGGUCUUUCCAUGCCCAACUACACGUCGGGGUCAACCACAGCAGCUGUUACUUCAACGUCCAAUGAGGAUAUUGCGGCUCCUCAGGCAAAGGAGAACAAUGCCUAUGUCAGUGGCCAACAGAAUGACGGUUCUGGUGUGUGGUACACUGCGCCUGGUCGUGAUAUUUCAGCCUUACAGGCUAGUUCUUUCUACAACCUUCCUCAGGGACAGCUGGCUUUUGCCCCAUCACAGCCGGGCCACGGGCCCUUCUCAGGGGUUUUCCACCCAGCACAGGCAGUGACAACAGCUAAUAUUCACCCGCUUUUGCAACAACCUCAAGCAAUUACAAAUAGCCCCGUUGAUAUGGUGGGACCAACACCCAGCGUUUACCAGCAGCCGCAGCAUACACAACUAAACUGGCCGAUUGCCGAUUAUGGAGAGGCCCGAACGAGGGGUCCCAAGAAUGGCCAAACACAACACAUCCUGCGGGUCGAGCCUGAUGAAAUAAUUCUCGACCGGGAAAUCCCAAAUGGCCCCAUCCCCAAACACAAUCGACAACGACGGCAGAUCAUCCACCGGGUUACGGGAGCCCGACACAUUAUAACAAGGACCCAAAAUCGGAAAAUCCUCCACAAUCGGGUAGCCCAACACCUUCUUCACGAAAGCCUCCUUGAUGACCCGAUAAGCCGGCUCCACGAAAUAAGUAAGCGUAGUGCCCGAGUCCACGAUCGUUCCUCCACCGCCCUCCGACGAGAAACCCCACGUCUCCUUGGGAAUUUCCAAUACCUCCCCUCCAACCACGAUCCACUUUAUCUCCACGCCCGUGAACGUGAAGUUCAAUUCCUUGCUAUCCAUCAAAUCCCCGAAAAUCAACUUGCUGCUAACGCUAGAGUUGCUAUUCCGGUCCACGAGACAGUACGAAAACGAGUGCCCGUAAAGGGACUGGAGCUGGGACGCGAACGAGAGGGGCCCACGCCCAAGGCCCAACAGGCCAGCCGCCCCAUGAAAGAGCCCACGGUUCCAGUGGCCGCACCCAAACAUCACAUUCUCCACCCGUCCAAGCCCGGCCCGGCCCGUAAGGUUCACCGUGAAAGUCUCGACCGCGAAAUCGCCCGUCGUGUUGGAGCUGUCCCCGUACCAGUAGUAAUACGGGCAGCUCUGGUUUUGGGCCCGGCAGCCCACGGGGGACGAAACGAGCCCGCAGCGCGGGUCCCCGCAGCUCACGUUCCGGUAAGAGCUCGAGUGGUUCGGGUCAUAGUAAGGGCCCGUUUGGUCGAAGCAGUCGUGGCAAGGGACGCACUGUAUCCAGUUGAGGUCGCUGCCCGUGUCGAGGAUCAACGAGAAGUGCUUGGGAGGCGUGCCCACGAACACGUCCAUCAAGUAUUCGCCGGAGCCGAGGCUGACGCCAGACUCCAGGGUGGCCACCAGGCGCCCGUCCGGGCCGCCGGAGGAAUAUUCCGGCGGGGGGAUUAUCGGUGGAGCCUUUGGAUUCUCGUUGAGUCUUUCGCCGUUAAAGAAUCCAAAGGUUGGAUCUUUUUUCCGGCGGCGGACGAGUGCUUUAGAUUGAGGACCACGGGUGGCUUUUUCACCGUAAAGACUUCAUUUUUACGGGCACCGAGUUCAUGGGCCGGCGCAGAAAGGCCGCAAUCGGAGCUCACGGAAGAGGACGCGCCGUUGAGGGUAGGAACUUUCGCCAUGGCUGAAAAAUUGGAGGUAUUUUCUGUGGCGUUUUGA